AUGCAGCGCUACCGUGGUGGAGUGGGGGCUGCCAGCUUCGGGGGUCUGCACUGCCGUUGUCUGGGCAGCUGCUUCCACCAUCCCUCUAGCGUGGCUGCGCUCCGCCCCCCCGAGCCGCGCCGGGCUGCUCGCCGCUGGGUACCGCCGAGCCGCGCCUCUGCGCAUGCGCGCCGCCGCCACGGCCGCCGCUCUGCUGUCGCUGCCCCUGAGGGGUGUGAGGGGCGGGCGCCUUCUAGCUCCCGUCUCCGCCUUGAUCUCCGCCCCUGGGUUCCUCCUCCUGACUCAGCCCUGGUUCGUCACCAACUCCGCCUGCCUCCUCAGGUGUCACCCCGCCUCCGGACCCGGCAGGGCCACUUCCGAGUUGGCCUCACUCCGCGGGAGCGCCGAGCUGUUGAUAGCCGCUGUGUGCGGCACGCUUCUGCCCGUGCCGCACCCACGCUUCCGCUCGCUCCCGCACCGGCCGGCCCCUCGCCGCCUGGCUCUGCGCCCGCCUCUAUACGAGCGACAAAAUCCUUUACAGAGGGACUGACUGCAGCCUGCUGCCCUCGCACUGCCCACGUGUUACAAACACUAAAGAAUUUUUCAACCCGAGAUGGCUUCUGGACUCCUGCCUGUUCGGAUGUGGCUCGCUCAAACGUCUGCAUUGCGGCUUCUGCGGCUUUUUUCUCCGUGGCCAUGCUUUACAGGCUCUUUGAGACCAUAUGCCGCACGGAAGCCUGCAGAUCGCCAUCCACGGUGAACUUCCACCCUCUCCCUUGGCGGCUUACCUCCGACCUCCGCAGGGCGCUCCGUCCGCUUUACUCGGCGAGGCAGCGCUCCCGCGCCCGGCCCCGACCAUGUCCACCGUUCGGGCUUCUCGUGAACACCGGCGUCUUUUUCCCUGCUCCAGCUCCCGUCGCGAACGGCCCUGUUUGGAUCUGCAGUCUUCCGCUCCGUUCACCUGAUCCUCGGUCGCGAAAAGCGAAUUUAGGAUCCCAGCCCCGUCGCUAUAAAAUGAUGUGGACCUGAUUUUCAUCGCGCGACUCAAACUCUGCUCCCCAUUACCCUAAAAGUAAUUUGGGAGCUUUUCGGAGCAUCCUGGGUCGCUGGUUCGGGCACCACAAAAUGCCAGGGACCUCAUAAAUCGGGACUGCUGGACAGGACAGAACGCGCAUCCAGCCAAUAUGAUCAAUGCUCCAUUUAUUCGAGAGAAGAUGGCAGUUUAUAUACACUUCUAUAUAGUUUACAGUUUACAAAGGCACCUGAUUGGCAAGCUAACAUUGCUUGUCUUUGUCUUAAGGUGGCCUGAACCUUACAAUAUAAACCUAUACUACUUCACACCCAGACAGCCCAGUGCUUCCCAUCACACCUUAAUACAAUUUCUAACUGCACCACAAACUCUUAAUUUCUAACUCCGUCAGAGGCUGGAAGGUCUCACAAGGCCCAAAUCUGAGGCCUAGACUGGAGUAGCUCAAAUCUCAUUCCAAACAUAAAUCAUGCCCUCUGUCUCUCAGAAAUGCUGCAACAUUCCUAACUGGAUACAGUCUGGGUUUUUGGGACACCAGACUCAGGCUUUUCCGCUGGAUUUCCAGGACUGCAGCCAUUCCAAUUUGGACAUCUACCAACACCCCGAUCAAAAGGGUGUCAGGUUGUAUUCUGACUCUCUAAAUGGUUUUCUUUUGUAUUAUUGCAUGUAUUUUGUUUUCUUUUUCCCUUUUCCCAAUAAAUUGUAUUUCUGACUUGGAGUCUCUCACUGGUUUUGCUUUCAAACCAGAACAACUGCUAUGCACCCUAGGAGCACUUAAUUUCAGCAGGUAAUUGCAGCACACUUUCAGACAGGCUAACAGCUGCCCUGGUUUACAGCAACACCUGGAGACGGAUUUUAGGGCAGUGGCACAAAUGAAGAUGAGACCAAAACCUGUUUGUCACACAGCCAAUGGUGUGGGAUGGAGAGGGGCAGCUGAUGCUCCCAACAGGGAUCCAGCAUGAAUCCAGAAUGAAUAUGGCAGCAGCUCUCUGGCCACAGGGAAAAAUACACGUCUUUCCCGGGUAUUGCCUGAGAAAGGCUGUGAGAAGAUUAGAGAAAAGAAUGAGAAACAAUUUUUAACUUGCUGCACCUGUUGUUGUGAACAUGAGGAAUGUGUUAUAGAGAUUUGUUUACUAGAGGGUGGUUUCUUAAUCAGCUAAUGGUGAUGGUGUUUGGAUUGGAGGACCAAUUAGUAUUGUAUUGUAACUGUCUAUAAAAGCAAUGUGUUUCUUAAUAAUAACAUAAUAAAGAGAGAUUGAUCAGCUUUCUGUGAA